GGUACUUCCGGGUUGUGUCACACUCCGGGCUCAGAGCUAGUAUGAUUCCUGCACAUAUUCUACGUCCAACCUUCAUCUCCAAAAAGCAGAUUCGCCCAGGUGCAUGUAGAUAUUUCUGGGGCUGGUUAAAUGCAGUGUUUAACAAGGUUGACUACGAGCGCAUUAAGGACUUUGGCCCAGACAGGGCAGCUUCAGAAUGGCUUUUGCGCUGUGGAGCACAUGUUCGAUAUAAGGGAUUUGAGAGGUGGCAGCAGGACUACAAUGGGUUACCCACAGGACCUCUUGGAAAAUUCAAAAUACAAGCUAUCAAUGCCACAGACUCCUGCAUCAUGUAUAGAGGAUUUGACCACUUGGAUGGGCUGGAGCAUGUGGAAGAAAUAAAGUUGUGCAAAUGUAUUUAUAUCGAGGACACUUGCCUGGAGAGAAUGAGUAAGAUAGAAAAUCUACAGAACAGCCUUAGGAGGCUAGAGAUCAUUUCAUGUGGGAAUGUUACUGACAGAGGGAUUAUAGCUCUCAAUACUCUCAGAAACCUGGAGUACUUAUUUCUGAGUGAUCUUCCUGGUAUCACGAAAAAGCAAACAACUGUGGAAAUGCUUCAAACAGCAAAUCCCUCAUUACAUGUGGAGUUAGAUCUUGACUAACGGAAAAUGUACAGACUGUACUUCUGUGUCUGUAAAUAAAUACAGGACAUUCUUUAACCCAGAGAGUCAUCAUUUUACGGUUAAAAGAGUAUCAUGACAUACAGGAGGUAUUUAGCUAAAUAUAAUACCUGUGAGCUCCUUCAAAAAGGUUUGUGUUGAAUCAAAAAGUACAGGGAGCCCUAAAUGCUCAUUUAAAAAUAAUAGGGCUCAUAUACGUCCACCAGGGCAACUUGCUCUUUUCCCUGCAGUUGCACGUAAAACCACUUUCAAGAUAAGCUUUUUGCACUUCUGUAUUAUCGUUGCGCUCUGUGCCACUCAGUCCUUCCUGCCUUCCUUUCUGAAUUGGGCAGUUGCCUCUGUUGAUGCAGGUGAACCCUGGAACUACUGUCACUUCUGCCCAGACAGUAGCUCGAAGCAGCAUUGUGUACAUUUUGCAUUUUGGCAAAUCAAAUCGCCCGUUUAUGACCACCUUGAUGCUGGAAUUCUGGGAAAAAACAGUGCAUUGUGGGGGAAAACAUAGCAAUUGUGCUCAAAAUUGCACAUGUCACACUGCAUCUAGGUAAAUGAAUACGCCUUAUGUUUUGGGUCCAGGCAAUAAUGUGCAAUUCUGUGGUGAGAAGUGUGGGCAGAUAUGUGCAUACUGUAUGUUUGAAUUCACUUUUCUUUCAUUUCUCUUAUUCAUUCUGUUUAUUUCUCUCUAGUGCUGUCAGUUCUACACAGCUGUGUAUAGUGAAUGUUAGGACAAAGCUUAUAUAAAGAACACUUUCCAAUUUCAAA